AAAUAACAAUAUAAAUAGGGUUCGAGAAUAUUAUAUUUAUGUACGGAAUAAAAUUUAUAUGGCAUAAUAAUUAACAUCUCCUUAAAAAUGGUUUGUCGUCUGCAAAGAAGCAGGCAUGCAAUUGUUUUUUAGUUUCCAUAUUUUAAUUGAUUUUCAUUAGUUGUCUCAAGAGUUGUCUGCAUAAUAUAUUCUUGAUAAACAAAGUGGAAUAUCAGUUAUUCAACAUGACUGUGAGUAUGCCAAAGAUUCCUGCUGUCAGGAAGUAUAAAAGGGAAACCACAGAAGUCAGUGGUUGCCUUAAAUACAUGAUAUUUGGUUUCAAUGUAUUAUUUUGGCUCCUUGGUCUUGGAAUACUGACAAUUGGGGUUUGGGCUUGGAGCGAAAAAGAUAUUUUCAACAAUUUGGGGAAGGUGGCGAAUGUUGCACUAGAUCCAGCUUUUGUCCUUAUAUGUAUUGGUACAGUCACAUUUGUGAUUGGCUUCACUGGAUGUGUGGGAGCCUUGAGAGAAAACACGUGCCUGCUAGCAACGUAUGCCAUUUUUCUAUCGGUAUUGUUACUUUGUGAAAUGACAGCAGGAAUAUUGGGUUUCAUAUUCAAAGACUGGAUAAAAUCUCAAGCCACUAUCGGCUUUCAAACUUUCAUCAUCCACUAUAGGGAGGAUCCUGAUCAACAAAACCUGAUAGACUGGAUACAGGAAGAUUGGUUGCAAUGUUGUGGCAUUGAAGGUCCGAAAGACUGGGACAAAAAUAAUUAUUUCAAUUGUUCAUCGAGAGAUGUCGGCAGCAGAGAAGCGUGUGGUGUUCCUUUUUCUUGUUGUAAAAGAAAACCAAAUGAGAUAAUAAAAAAUAAGCAAUGUGGAUAUGACGUCAGAAAACCUGGAUUUACUUUUGAUGUAUCGAAAAUAAUAAACGAACAAGGCUGUCUCGAAGCUAUAGAAGAGUGGACGGAAAAAAAUAUGAUUUCUAUUGCUUCUUGCGUUUUUAUUCUGUUGUUUUGCCACAUUCUAGGCAUCUGUUUUGCGCAGAAUCUUCGAGCCGACAUUUUUGCGCAGAAAGCCAAAUGGCAUUGACAGCCAAGAACUCCCACGGCAGUCUAGUACACCAUUUCGUGUCGGAUAGCUUGGGAGGGCGCUGUCGAAUCUGUAUAAACUGGUCAACAAGUGGAACGAGGCAUUUCUGAUUU